AUGGCAUUUCAUCAGAAGGAGGCGGACCCUGGCCACACCCAGGAGUCACUGUGGACUGCCUCCCAGACCACGUGUCCACAAAAACGCAGGGCAGGGCAGCUGCUCUGGGGACUGGGGCCAGUUGAGGACAAGUACAGGCAGGCAUGUGAGCAGUCUGUAGUGCUUUCGGCUGCGGUGCGGGCGGGAGGGUGUCCUCCCUGCGUCCGCCCCCGGGCUUGGCCGGCCUUCGGGCUGUCACGGUGGGCGGGACCCCCGCCUGUCUCUCUGAGACAGCCUUGCGGCCGGAGCCACCCCACGCCCCGGAGUUCCCUUCGUGCCAAAGCUCCAUGGCCGUCCCCCAACCCGGCUCCGGCCACGCCAGCACUGGCCGCGUCGCGUGUCCCUGCGCGGGAACUGGUGGACCAAAGGGGCAGCGGUGGGUCCCUGCGUGCGCAGGCUAGGCCGGUGGCCUCAGGUUUCCAGCAGAACCCGAGCCCCGCGGGAAGGGCCCCGGACCGCGGCCGAAGGCCACUGGACGGCCGCUUCCGGCGCUCCGCCACGACCUCCGCCCGCACUUCCGGCGCCCCGCCACUUCCGGUGCCCUAUGUCGGUGCGAGUGAGCGGCAGGUGGAGCACGUGUUGACGCUGCUGCGAGGCCGCCCUGGAAAGAUGGUGGACCUGGGCUCUGGCGACGGCAGGAUUGUGCUGGCUGCCCACAGGUGCGGUCUCCGCCCUGCUGUGGGUUACGAGCUGAACCCGUGGCUCGUGGGGCUGGCCCGGCUGCACGCGUGGAGGGCAGGCUGUGCCGGCAGUGUCCACUACCGCCGUGAGGACCUCUGGCAGGUGAGCCUGAGGGACUGCAACAACGUGUCUGUGUUCCUGGCCCCUAGCGUGCUCCCACUCCUGGAAGACAAGCUGCGGGCAGAGUUGCCCGCAGGGGCCCGAGUGGUGUCAGGGCGCUUCCCCCUCCCCACCUGGCAGCCUGUGGCUGUGAUGGGGGAGGGUCCGGACCGUGUCUGGGCCUAUGAUGUCCACAGUGGUGGGCCAGCUGGUCAGGCUUCCCCAGGACCCAGUUCUGCCUCAGUCCCGGGGGCCCCCAAUUCUCAGAUUGGCUGACCGUUUGGACCCAAUAAAGACUCUAGACUGCG